CAUCAGUGGCUCUGAAUUCAUAACAUGGCAACAAAAAUCAUCUACUUCACAAUGAAUGGGAGACCAGAGCAGGCUGAGUUUCCUGUGGAUUGCCCUGCACAGGAUUUAAAAGAUCUGUUCCGCGCUGCAGCUGAAGCAGGGCCCCAUGACAUCCUGAAGCUGUACAACCCCAGAGGAAACAUCAUCAACAUCUCCCUGAACCUGGAGCCCAACAGCCCAAACUCCUGCUACAAGCUAGAGGUGGUGGCUGCAGACUGCAACAGUGAGCCAUUAGGUGCGGAGCUUGCAGGUGCACUUGGAUUUGACCUCUCCGCUAUGGAGAAAAGACUGCAGGGCCUGGAGAAGAAAAUCCUGUUUGAGGCUGGUGAGACUCCUGCAGUUGUGUAUGAAAUGAAGAAACAGGUGGAUUCAUUCCGGGACAAACUAGAGAGUGUAGAGCACCUGAGCUGGCUUGGAUUGUUUAAAGACUUGUCAGAGGGAACACACAAACCCUCCCCAUUCUACCACAAGAGAACCCUGCAUAAAACCAGGAAGGAGUGUGAGCAUGUACGGGAAAAGUUUCUUCAAAUGAGCUCCCUGGAGGUAUCAGAAGAAGUGAGGCAGUACUUAAAGACGCCAACCUUUGAUAACUGGCAGUGGGAGGAUGCAGAGAUCAUGGUGCUCCUGCAGGUCAUGUACACAGAUUUAGAUUUCAUAGCGGCCUUCAACAUUGAGCCUGAAGUGCUACAGCAGUUCCUGUUUGAGGUCUAUCGAAGAUACAACAACAUCCCAUUCCACAACUUCAAACACUGCUUCUGUGUUACCCAGAUGAUGUAUGGUUUGAUUUGGCUGACUGACCUGAAGAGAAAGAUGGACAGCAUUGACCUGCUGAUCAUGCUGACCUCUGCAGUCUGCCACGAUCUCGACCACACAGGGUACAACAAUGCCUAUCAGAUAAACGCUCGGACUGAACUUGCUCUGCGCUACAAUGACAUCUCUCCAUUGGAGAACCACCAUUGUGCAGUAGCUUUUGAGAUACUGGAGAAGACAGAGAGUAACAUCUUCAGGAAUUUGUCCAUGGAUCAAUACAAACGGAUAAGGGAAGGCAUCAUCAAAUGUAUUCUGGCCACUGAUAUGACAAGACACAAUGAGAUUCUCAACAAGUUCAAGUCAAUCCUGCCAGUUUUUGACUUCACCAACAAGGACCACAAAGACGUGCUGAUGAUGAUUCUGAUCAAAGUUAGUGACAUAUCCAAUGAGGCGCGUCCUAUGGAGGUGGCUGAGCCCUGGUUGGACUGUCUUCUGCAGGAAUUCUACAACCAGAGUGAUGUGGAGAAGUUAGAGGGUCUUCCAGUCACUCCCUUCAUGGAUCGAGACAAAGUAACAAAGCCAUCAUCUCAAACAGGCUUCAUCAGAUUUGUCCUUUUGCCUCUUUUCAUCGAGCUGGCUAACCUCUUCCCCUGCUUGGAGCAACAUAUCAUUGACCCAGUACGGAAGGCUCUUGAUUACUACACAGAGAUGGAGAAAGCAUUGGAGAGGAAGAAACAGAACCGGGCUCAGAGUGAGAAUGCAGCCAAAAGUAAGGUGACAAAUGUGGACACACAGAGCACAGCUGAGAGCCACACAAAUGCAGCGGGACCUGAAUACUCGAAACCAGACGCUCACUGACCUAUGAAAGCAUCUAUCGGAGGCAUCUUAUCUAAAGACUGUAACAUUUUGGAUUAAUUGAAAUAUGUUUGAACCAUCUAAAUGUGCACUUUUACUUGUUUAUCUACUGGGCUACGCACAAGUUCUCAUCAGAUUGUUUGGUAGUGUCGGUGUAUGCAGCAAUAAAUGUUAUGUCAUGAGGCAGAACUUAAUUAUUUCAAAUUCCCAACACUUUCUAUGAAGGCCGUGUCUAAAAUGCAUUAUAAACAUACUUAUCAUGAGUUACAAUCUGCUCAUAGAACUCAGUAAUUAUAGUAAUAAGCACUCACAAA